AUGGGUCAUGCUAGUAAACUUUGCAUGGGGAUGUUCGUUGCUGAUAGCGGCCAUGAUGUACUAUUUUUCUAUUUCAAGGUACUUCAACUUGUGAAUGAUGCUAGAAAUUGUUAUUUUGAAGAUUCUACUAAAAAGUACGAUGAUGAAACUUUUGCACAAAUGAUGCUUCUUGAUGCCUGUUUCAUUAUCAACGACAUAAUUUCUAGAUGCAAAAGUGGCGCAAACUUUUACAUCACACGCUAUUGUCUUGGUGACUUGGCAUCGGCAAUUGUACUUCGUGACAUGUUUUUACUUGAAAAUCAAAUUCCCUUCUGGCUUCUUAAGUUUCUGAUGUGUUUGAGAUGUGGUAAACAAGAAGGUGAAGAGAUGCUCAACGAGUUCUUGAAUGGGACUAUGUUCGGGAAUUAUAAGGGGAGUGGAAUAGCUAGCAGAGAUAAGGACCUACCCCAUCAUCUUCUGGACGCUUUCUGGCUAGUUCUUGUCUCUGAAUCCUGUAAAGACAAACCAACCUCUCCAAAAUCUAGGGCCAGCAAUGACUCUAAAUACGUUCACUGCUUUCGUUCAGCCACGGAGUUGAAGGCCAAGGGAAUUCACUUUAGGCGCAGCAGUGCUGACUCUUUGAAGGGCAUCAAGUUCAAAUCAGGUUAUUUCUAUGCAACACUUGAAGUUCCAAUUUGGUUUGUUUCGAUUUACACCAAUGUUUUCUUUUUAAAUAUGAUUGCCUAUGAAAUGUGCCCAAGUACCAGCACUGACCGAGCAGUGACAGCAUAUAUUGAGUUCAUGAAAUCGCUGAUCGACAGCCCCAAGGACGUGAAAGAACUAAGAGAAAAAAAGAUUUUGCUCACAACUUUGGGCAGUGAUGAAGAAGUGUUGAAGGUUUAUAAAGACAUAAACACUUACGGGGUGCGGAAUGUCACCAUUUUUCAUGGUGUGAAGGAGAAAAUUCAGGCACACUAUAACAACAAGGCAAAGACAUGGCUGGCUGAACUUUUCUACACUUAUUUUAACAGUCCCUGGACUGCGAUUGCUUUAUUUGCUGCUGCUUUCCUUCUUGUCUUAACUUUUCUUCAGACCUAUUAUACAGUAAGGCCUUCUUAAUUCCCUAAAGAUAAUUAGAAGUUGAAAUAGUAACGGUAAAGACUAGAGUUCUGUGGACGGUAUCAAAUUAGUAUUUAAAAAAAA